AUGGUUCGUACUAAGCAAACUGCACGGAAAACGCUUCCACCACCAGCGAAACUGAUGAAACUGCGCGCUAAACGGGAACGAGUGAUUGGCAAAACAACGGUGGGAGGAAGUCCCAAAACAACAGAAAUCAAGAAGCGACGUUACAAACCUGGAAUGCGAGCGCUCCAGGAAAUUCGUCGUCUACAGCGAACAGUGGAUCUGCUGAUACCUCGUGCGCCAUUUCAACGUUUGGUGCGGGAAAUUGCAAUGGAUGUAGCGGAGAAACACCUGGAUAUUCGUUUCCAGUUCGCCGCAAUAACAGCCCUUCAGGAAGCAGCAGAAGUUUACCUUACAUGCCUAUUUGAGGACACCAAUCUGGCGGCGAUUCACGGCAAACGUGUGACCAUUUUCCCAAAAGAUAUCCAGUUCGUGCGCCGUCUUCGAGGAGAAAUCGCCCGUUACGGCCGUUAA